UAUAAAUACAAUAGUUUCCCCACUUGAAUCAUCGGUUUCCUUUUCAUCUUCUCCGGCACCGGCACCGGCAUAGUAUCUCCGACUCAAAGUCGCCGGAAAAUAAUCAAGAGAGAUGGGUCACUUUUCAUCUAUGUUCAAUGGAUUAGCCACAUCUUUAUCGAUGAAGAAAGCCCAGAGUCACGGCGCCGGCGCCGGCGAGUUGAUUUUGGAGACUUCUGGCUUUGUUAGCGUUGAAGGGUCAAAUAAUUUUACAUCUGUUUUCUCUAGAAGAGGCGAAAAGGGUGUUAAUCAAGAUAGUUGCAUUGUUUGGGAGGGAUUUGGCUGUGGAGAAGAAGAUGAUAGAAUAUUUUGUGGGAUUUUUGAUGGGCAUGGUCCAUGGGGUCACUAUGUAGCGAAGAGAGUGAAAAAGACGAUAGCUUUAUCAUUAUUAUCCAAUUGGCAAGAAACAUUAGCAGCCGAGUCUUCUUCUUCUUCGAUUGAUGAUUCAGAGAAAAGGGUUUGUAAUUUCAACAUAUGGAAACAAUCCUACAUAAAAACAUUCGCGGCCAUAGAUCUAGACCUUAAAUCACACAAGAAAAUAGAUACUUUCAACAGUGGAACAACCGGACUUACAAUUGUAAGACAGGGUGAAGAAAUUUUCAUCGCAAACGUUGGCGAUUCACGGGCAGUUUUAGGAUCAAUAUCAGACGACGGGAGAUUGAUCGGCGUUCAACUCACCAUGGAUUUUAAACCACAUCUUAUAGAGGAAACAGAAAGGAUAAUUGAAUGUAAUGGACGAGUUUUCUGUUUAGAUGAUGAACCGGGUGUUCAUCGUGUAUGGCGACCGGAUAUUGAAUCGCCGGGAUUAGCUAUGUCUAGAGCGUUUGGCGAUUUCUCUAUUAAAGAAUUUGGACUUAUUUCAUUACCUCAAGUUAUACAAAGAAGGAUUACUAUUAAUGAUCAGUUUAUCAUUCUUGCUACAGAUGGGGUUUGGGAUGUUGUUUCGAAUCAAGAAGCGGUGGAGAUUGUAUCUUCGACGGCGGAUAAGUCUAAGGCGGCGAAGCGUUUGACGAAAUUUGCCGCGAACGCGUGGAAACGCAAAAGGAGAGGGUUUGCGGUUGAUGAUAUUUCUGCGAUUUGCGUUUUCCUUCAUUCUUCUUCUGCAAUUUCUACUUUGUCUUCUCAUUUAGUUCAUCCUGUCUAAAUUUAUUGAACUAAUAAGUAUUAAGCUUUUUAUAAAUAUUAUAUAUUAAAUAAUAA